UGGAAUGAAUGCUGAGGUUGUCCAUCGCGCUCACCGAUAAUCGGAUCUAGUCCCUCGUGGAGUAUCCGAGACCUACGUCCUCUCCUUGCACCGAGCAGAAUGCACCCUGGUUUCUGGUCGUUACAUGUUUAGUUCAGAGAUGAUAUCCUCGCAGCAGAAUCAUGUUGUCAACACCAUUGAGACCAUGCCUCCUGAAACCAUCACGGCAUCGCCGACCCUGGUUCAAAGGAUAAGAAAAGUGUUUAGCAGGGAACUUCUGGUAACUCUGGCUCUGGGCCAGGUCCUGUCUCUGCUCGUCUGUGGCAUCGGGCUGACCAGCAAGUACCUGGCUCAUGAAUACCACGCCAACACGCCCGUGUUCCAGAGCUUUCUCAACUACAUCCUGCUGUUCCUAGUCUACACCACCACGCUCGCCGUCAGGCAAGGUGAGGAGAAUCUGCUGGCAAUACUGAAGAGGCGAUGGUGGAAGUACAUGAUUCUGGGACUAAUAGACAUCGAGGCUAACUACCUGGUUAUCAAAGCCUACCAAUACACCACACUAGCAAGCGUACAGCUCUUAGACUGUUUCACCAUCCCUGUGGUGCUGCUGCUGUCCUGGUUCUUCCUGCUGGUGAGGUACAAGGCCGUGCAUUUUGUGGGCGUUGGGGUGUGUCUGCUGGGCAUCGGCUGCAUGGUGGGGGCAGAUGUCCUGGUGGGAAGACAGCAGGGCCUAGGGGACCAUAAGCUCCUGGGGGACCUGCUGGUUCUGGGAGGUGCCAUGCUCUAUGGAAUCUCUAACGUGUGUGAGGAGUUCAUCGUUAAGAACCUGAGCAGGGUGGAGUUCCUGGGCAUGAUGGGACUGUUCGGCUCUUUCUUCAGCGGCAUUCAGCUGGCCAUCAUGGAACACAAGGAGCUGUUAAAGGUGCAGUGGGACUGGCAGAUUGGGUUGCUGUAUAUCGGCUUCAGUGCCUGCAUGUUUGGCCUGUACAGCUUCAUGCCCGUGGUCAUUAGAAGGACCAGCGCCACGUCGGUCAAUCUCUCUCUGCUGACCGCUGACCUCUACAGCCUGUUCUGCGGCCUCUUUCUGUUCCAGUACAAGUUUUCAGGGCUCUACCUCCUGUCCUUCGUCAUCAUCAUCCUGGGUCUGGUGUUCUACACCUCCUCCUCCACCUAUGUGGCACAGGACCCGCGCGUCUACAAGCAUUUCCGCAACGCCGGCCACCCCAUCACGGACACGCCCACUCUGGGGCCCCUGGAACCCUCGGUGACCUAUACCAGCUUAAGGCAGGAGAUAGAGGAGGAGCCUCGCAUCAGGGUGGCCUGAGAGGGUGGGGCCUAAUCAUCCACUGCCCCACCUCCCCAGAUUCUGUACAGAGAGAAGGAUCACUGAAUGAUAAAAAAAAUGAUCGAAAACAUGUAGCAAACACGCAAAAGUACACUGUGAUCGCAAACUGUGAAUAGAUAGCAGUGGCUAUUUCUGAUUUUGAAGAUUUGUUUAAUGUAUAGAAAUAUACUGUUAUCCCAUCACGUUCCCUCGUACUGUACAUUUGACAUGUUUAGAAGGUUUUGUGCUUAAGACUUGUGUAAAUGCUCAAUUGUGACUGUUUCCUUUUUUACAUGAGCACAAAAUGUUAUUGCAUUUUAAGCUUUGAGUUUGCGCUGUGGGUUAUUUCAGUGUUUAAUUGUUCCUUCAAAUCGAUCUCUUUUUGUAAAACUACCCCAUUAAAGUAUCAUGUCCAGAGGUACGAUAAAGUAAUAUACAGACUUAACAUGAGUCAGUGCCUUACUAUGUAUUACUGUUGUGUGUUAGAGCUGCACAUUAUAAAUGGCCCCUUCCCUGUCCAGCACUGUCUGAGGACAUUGGAUACUGAUGCAGCCCCUACAGUUAUAUUCAUUUAUAAACUGGGUGGUUCGAGCCCUGAAUGCUGAUUGGCUGACAGCCGUGAUAUAUCAGACCAUAUACCAUGGGUAUGACAAAACUCUUAUUUUU